CGCAGGGGCAGAUUCCGCCAUUGAGGACAAUCAAUAGCUUGUUUGCGGUUCGCGAUGCCGCUCGCCAAAGCCUCCGGUGCAAUUCAGCCGGAGAACACCCUCCUGAUCGGGCCGCGGGCCUGGCCCUGAUCAUCAACGGGUCGCAAAAUGACGAACGCGGCCAUGUAUGGACUCUCUUGCCGUAAGUGCCUGGAUUCACGGUAACAAAACGGACGCAACGAUGCACCGCGCCACACUCGUCGGCCUUCUCGCAGCAGCCGCCACGACCGUGACGGGGGCUCCGUCGUGCUCCGGCGUGCAUGCAGCCGCGCCGGGCACCGUCAAGUGCCCGCUCGUGUUCGACGGGCGCGUCAAGGCAACGGCGGCGCUGACCGACUUCGACAGCGCCAGCACGUCGCCGUUCAACCCGGACUACGUCAAGGGCAACAACCUCAAGUGGAGCCAGAUCAUCAAGUUCCCGCAGACCAGCAACGCGCGCUUCGACAACAACUCGACCAAGGCCAUCGAGGUGACCAUCAGCGACGCCAGCAUCUUCCAGUCCCAGCAGGGCUUCCGCCGCGCCGGCCUGCAGUUCCAGGGCGACACCAACAACGGCAGCCCGGGCACCACGGGCGUCAAGACGAUCCACUUCAGCAUCAAGCUGGACCCGCAGCGGCCGCUGAACCUCAGCCACGAGUAUCUCAACGUGUGGCACGAGUCCGCCGACUACUCGGCCAACCAGUUCAACUUCGAGGCCGGCACCAUCAUCGGCCAGUCGGGCCUGCCCAAGAACACGUGGAAGGUGCUGAACCGGCAGAACCAGCAGAUCUGGUCGACGCCCAUCGUGAAGGACGACUGGCAGAACUUUGCCAUCACGCUCGACUUCAACAAGAACACCCUGCAGGUGUACUACUCCCAGGGCACCGACCCGCUCAAGAGCGUCACGAGCGCCGUGUCCAACGACAACUCGGGCGAGGGCCAGUACCAGAUCGGCAUCCUCAAGAAGCCGACGGGCACGAGCGACGUGGUCAACUCGGGCUACCAGGAGAGCAACCUCAACGAGGGUCUCAUCUACGGCAGCCUGUUCGUCGAGGACAGCGCCAACGGGUGCAUUUCGUUGUAGAGGGGUGGGUUUUGCGAAGGCCCGAAGUGUUGGUUCUUGGGUGAGGAGCUGGGUGCUAGAUGACUAGCUGUUGUAUUCAGUUUCCCGAGUUUACAUAGCUAGAUAGAAGCAUGGUGCUCAGAUAUAUAGUAAAGACGGUAGGGCG